AUGUUGUCCAGAUGUGUCUUUAGAGUCGCCCCUCUAAGCAGGGGUUUAGUAGCUUCUCGUUCCGCCAUUGCCAUUACUCAAAGAUUCAACACUUUGAACACUCAACGCUUCCAAAUUAGAAAAUACUCUUCUGAACACGAAGAAGAAACUUUUGAAGAAUUUACCGCUAGAUUUGAAAAAGAAUUCGAAGAAGCUUAUGAUUUAUUUGAAGUUCAACGAGUUCUAAACAACUGUUUCUCCUAUGACUUAGUCCCUGCCCCAGCUGUGGUGGAAAAAGCUCUACGUGCCGCCAGAAGAGUGAACGAUUUGCCAACUGCUAUCCGUGUUUUUGAAGCUCUAAAAUACAAAGUGGAAAACGAAACUCAAUACGGAGCUUACUUAGAUGAAUUAAACGAUGUAAGACAAGAAUUGGGCAUUCCACUAAAGGAAGAACUUUUCCCAGAACAACCAGCUGCCCAUUAA